UUUAUUCUAUGCCUCACUCUGGGAGAGAGGACCCCUCCAUCAUUGCAGAAAGUGAAGUUAGAAAGGAGAUUCGUAGUAAAAGUGAUUGUGAAGAAGAAGCUGAUAACGAUGUAGGGAACCUCAAAAAUGUUUUAGAUAGCAAUAGUAACCGAGAAAGAAGCAGUAGAAAUAAUCAUUCAAAAAAUUUAUCGAAAAAUUCAAGGGGAAGCGGUAGCGAAAUAAAAACUUUGGACGAAGAAGUAAAGAGGGAUAAAAGAAGAGGUAGGAGUAAGGAUAGAACUCGUAAAGGAAGGGAUAAAAGUAUAAGCUCAAAUAGAAGCGAAAGUCAAUCUAGAAGCGCUAGCAGUGGCAAAAGACAGAAAGCAAGUCACCAUAAAGAAAAGGGAUACUCUGCUUCAGGGAGAACAGGGAAAAGAAGUAGAAGUAAAAGGAAAUACGAUUCACCCUAUCGAAGUUCUUCCAGAAGACGUUAUAAAGAUAAACGGAAUUCCAGCCGUAGCCGAAGUCGUGAUAGGUGGCAUCGUAGUCGAUAUGACAGUGAACGAAGUAAAGUUGAAAAACGCAGCCAGGAUAAAGCUAAAUAUGCCAAAGAUUCAAAAUCUUCUCCUUCCAAGCAUCAAUCUUUUAUGAAAUCUUCCAAACCUAAUUUUUAUAAUAACGUAGCCCAAAGAAAUGAAAAGAGGAAGCUGUUGUGGGCCAAAAAAGAGGCCUCUCAAACCGGUUCUUUUAAUCAAUGGGAGGCUACUCAAUUUGAUGAUGACGCUGGAAGCAAGAAAGCAAAAUUUUUAAAGCUUAUGGGAAGUAAAGUUAGUCCUUCGGCUUCAAAUCAAAUAGCGCUAACCUCUUCAAAUAAAUUGUAUAGCGCAACUAAUAAUAGUUUAACCGUCAAUGAAGAUUUAGAAAAACAAUUUGAAAGCUCGACGAGGCGUUUGUAUUUAGGAUCAUCUGGCCUCGGAAAUUAAUAAUUUUCAAAU